UGAGCGCCCGGCGCCCUGCGCUCCUCCCCGCGCGGUCCCGGCGGCCCAGGGUAGCCCCUCCCUGAGGACAUACACUCCCUAGACAUGAGCAAACAAGAAGCAGCAGUGGUAACUUACCCUCCUAGUCCAAGUCCAACUGUAGCCCGGGGUUGCAGUUCUUACCAGAGUGGAGCGUGGUAUGUGUUGAGGGAUCAGGGGGUCGAGUCUUCUGACAGCCUCAUACCCUGAGAUACUCUGGUGGCCUUGUUGGGGUGAGGACAACACGUGUGACCAUCGCAGUGGCCCAGAAUUCACUGUCUCUAGCACCUGCUCCUCCUCAGAGGGUACCCUGGAAUGACGAUGGCACUUCCGAUGCCUGGACCCCAGGAGGCUGUUGUGUUCGAGGAUGUGGCUGUGUACUUCACGAGGAUAGAGUGGAGUUGCCUGGCCCCCGACCAGCAGGCCCUCUACAGGGACGUGAUGCUGGAGAACUAUGGGAACCUGGCCUCGCUAGGCUUUCUCGUUGCCAAACCAGCACUGAUCUCCCUCUUGGAGCAAGGAGAGGAGCCGGGGGCCUUGAUUCUGCAGGUGGCUGAACAGAGCGUGGCCAAAGCCAGCCUGUGCACAGAUUCCAGGAUGGAGGCCGGGAUCAUGGAGUCUCCUCUGCAGAGAAAGCUCUCCAGGCAGGCAGGACUGCCGGGCACCGUGUGGGGGUGCCUCCCCGGGGGGCACCCCGCACCACCCCAUCCACGUGGCAGUCCUGAGGACGGGUCAGAUAAACUCACCCGCCCCCGGGCUCGGGAGCGCAGCGCCUCCCCAAGGGUUCUGCAGGAAGACCCGGGCCGGCCCGUGGGGAGCUCAGCCCCCCGCUACAGGUGCGUGUGCGGCAAGGCGUUCAGAUACAACUCACUGCUGCUCAGGCACCAGGUCAUCCACACCGGCGCCAAGCCCUUCCAGUGCACGGAGUGCGGGAAGGCCUUCAAGCAGAGCUCCAUCCUGCUGCGGCACCAGCUGAUCCACACCGAGGAGAAGCCGUUCCAGUGCGGCGAGUGCGGCAAGGCCUUCCGGCAGAGCACGCAGCUGGCUGCCCACCACCGCGUCCACACCCGCGAGCGGCCCUACGUGUGCGGCGAGUGCGGCAAGGCCUUCAGCCGCAGCUCCCGGCUACUGCAGCACCAGAAGUUCCACACCGGGGAGAAGCCCUUCGCGUGCACCGAGUGCGGCAAGGCGUUCUGCCGCAGGUUCACCCUCAACGAGCACGGCCGCAUCCACAGCGGGGAGCGGCCCUACCGGUGCCUGCGGUGUGGGCAGCGCUUCAUCCGAGGGUCCUCCCUCCUGAAGCACCACCGGCUGCACGCCGAGGAGGGCCCCCAGGACGGCGGCGCGGGGCAGGGCGCCUUGCUCCGAGCGGCGCAGAGGCCCCAGGUGGGGGACCCGCCCCACGAGUGCCCGGUGUGCGGGAGGCCGUUCCGACACAACUCUCUGCUGCUCCUGCACCUGCGCCUACACACGGGCGAGAAGCCGUUCGAGUGCGCGGAGUGCGGCAAGGCCUUCGGUCGCAAGUCCAACCUCACUCUGCACCAGAAGAUCCACACCAAGGAGAAGCCCUUCGCGUGCACUGAGUGUGGCAAGGCCUUCCGCAGGAGCUACACGCUGAACGAGCACUACCGGCUGCACAGCGGCGAGAGGCCAUACCGGUGCCGCGCCUGUGGGAGGGCCUGCAGCCGGCUGUCCACCCUCAUCCAGCACCAGAAGAGGACCCUAAUACACUGCCCAGCAGAAGCCAGGAAGGAAGCCCUGCCAGCUCAGAAGGUGGGCCAGGAGAGAAGGGUGUGGCCAGAGGGGGAGCCAGUGGGGGUGCUGCAUCCUCUCGGCCCCACUGGGAGCACCUUGUCACCCCUAACAGAUGAAGAGAAGGGUUUCUGGUGUCUCCAGGUUUUUCAGGAGCCACCACGUUCCUCUCAUCCAGACGUCGGCGCCCAAGGUGGAAGCAGGUGGUGGCAUGCCUGGCCCAGCUGCAGGCCGAGUGCAGAUCCUAUGGCGAGUGUGGGAUCCAGCCUGAAGCACAAGCCAGGUGCAGCCUGCCGGGUCAAGUGGGCAGGUACCUCCAACAGCCUGGAGCCGUGAGGCCUUGGGCAGGGGCGCUGCCGGCAUGGAGGUCUCCGGCUGGCAAAGUGGCCUCGAAAGAGUCCUGUGUCAUAACCAGACUCACUUGUAACUUCUGUUGCUCUCCCUAGCUAUAUCCAAAGCAUCCAGGAUAGGUUCAUCUCAACACAUUCUAACUCAUCUUGGACACAAUCCGUUUACUCUGGUGGACCCCAUUCACAGAACCUGGAAUCCCUGCUCACCUUCCCCAACCCCUUAUUGCUGGGUCAUGUUCACAAGUUUCUGUCUCUUUUUGUUCCUGGUCCCAGUACCAGCUCAGGUCCAAUCAGCUUCUGAACCUCUAUUGUGCAGCGCCUGAGACAAAGUGGGGGAGACAGGGACAGUAAAGCUCAGCGAGGUGCAGACUGCAGACUGGAACCAGAGGCAGGGCCACCCUCUUUCGGGGCAUUUCUGGUCACUUCAGUCUGCUGGAAGGAUUCUGUGUCUCACCAAGAGACUCAGGCAUGGACCUGGGCUGCCACUUUCUUUCUUCCUGUUACAUGGAUCUCUCUACCAUGCCCCAGACCCAGCACCUCAGAGGCUUUCUCAAAGCUGCACUGCAGAAGUUCUAGCCAGAGCAACCUGGUAAGAGAAAGACAUAAAGGGCAUCCAAAUACGUCCUUCCAAAUGAGGAAGCCAAAUUGUCUUAUGUAUAGAAAACCCUAAAAGCUUUAUCAAAACAUUCUUAGAACAAACAAAUUCAGUAAAGUUGCAGGAUACAAAAUUAACAUACAAAAACCAGUAACAUUUCUACAUACCAACCACAAACUACCAAAAAAGAAACGAGGAAAGCAAUUCCAUUUACAAUAGCAACAAAAAACAAACCUAGGAGUAAAUUUAACCACGAGG